AACAAUGGAUGGCCUUCUACAUUACAUAAAUCCAGCUCAUGCGAUUUCCAUUCUAAGUUCGUUAAACGAGGAGCGUCUGAAAGGUCAGCUGUGCGAUGUUCUUCUGAUAGUCGGUGACCAGAAAUUUAGAGCACACAAAAACGUCUUGGCCGCCAGCAGCGAAUACUUUCACAGUCUGUUCACGGACAAAAACAACGAGUCUCAGGCGGUCUUUCAGCUGGACUUUUGCGAGGCUGACGCGUUUGAGAACGUCUUGAACUACAUCUAUUCGUCAUCGCUGUUUGUUGAAAAAGGAAGUCUUGCAGCAGUUCAGGAAUUAGGAUACAGCCUUGGAAUAAGUUUCCUGACCAAUAUUCUUUCCAAAACCCCACAGGCACCAUUUUCUUCUCCCAGCAAGAAGUCGUCUCUCCAUGAGGAAGAUGAAAGUGGGUCUCAGCAAAGAAGCGUUAUCGUCUGUCAAAGCAGAAAUGAGGUCCAAAGCAGAGACUCGUGUAGUCAGGACAAAAGCCAGACAAAGCCUUCAACAUCAUUGGGGAAAGCGAGUUCUGUUAAGCAUCACAUGCGACCGGGUGAUUCCCUUGCCGGUUUCUUGUCUUCUGAAAGGAAGUGGCAUGGGCUCUCUAACUCAGGUGAGCCACCCUUAAGUGGUUCGCUAAAGCGAAAAGCAACAUUUCAUCAAAAAGUAUCUGAAGGACACGAUGAUUAUCACAAUGACCAUCCUUCUGCUGGAUCAUAUCCAAGGGGAAAUGAGAUUUUGAAGAGGAAAUUGGCAUCAGCAUCUUUACUUGGCUCAACGGAACCUCUGUAUUCGUCACAGAAACCGGAAAAAGACGCUUUGGAAAUGAAAGAUGAAAGAAACGUUCUGAGUUAUCCUCAGCUGGGACUUGUUGCGCCUUCUGCCAGAUUCUCAGGCCCACAGAUUGACCGUAGCGGUCCACUUGUUAAGAGUCUUCUUCGAAGGUCAUUAUCUAUGGACAGCCAAGUUCCUGUAUAUUCGCAAAGUAUUGACUUGCAGUCUGUUCAGGUAUCAUUAUCCCCACGUGAUAAUCCAAAUGAGGAUGUGCCUACUGGAAUAUCUCAAAGGCACUCUUUAAAGGGAACUCUAGAUAAACCUGGUAUCCGAGACAAGGACCAGGAAAAGACAAUGGAUCCUUUAAGACCCUUUAGUUCAUCACAGUCAACUUCUACAGAGAAUGACGUAUGCAUAAAGACUGAGCCUAGCAGCCCCGCUUCGGAGCCAUCAGAGGUGAUGCGAAUAACCGUAGGAGAUGCCGCCCAGAAAAGAAGUAGGGCGUUUCCUGUUAAAUCCGAACGCCCUCCGCAUUCAGCUAAAAGAAAAAAUCCGCCUGAAAAAAGAAUGCCACCUUUAAGAGUAAGAUUGAAAAGGAGUAGUUCCCCCGAAUCUGAUGGAAACUUUGCAGCCCUUGGCGAUUUCUCGGACUCGGAUGAUAGCAAGGAGAUGGUCAUCGCAGCGCCGGAUAUCCUUCAAAACAAAAAGUUCAAAUGUAAACACUGCCUUAAAAUCUUUCGAUCGACAGCCGGCCUUCACCGUCACGUUAACAUGUACCAUAACCCCGAAAAACCCUACUCGUGCGACAUUUGCUACAAAAGGUUCCACACGAAUUUUAAAGUGUGGACGCACUGCCAGACGCAACACGGCAUAAUGAAGAACCCGUCGCCUGCUUCGAACGCACAGACAGUUUUGGACGAAAGAUUCCAAAGGAAGUUAAUAGACAUUGUAAGGGAGCGGGAAAUUAAAAAAGCCCUUAUGUUUAAGUUGCGACGAAGCAAAUCAGGCUUUCCUGGAUCUUCUAGCAGCCAAGCACAAGCCAUGAAAAGAAGCUUGAGAUCGAGAACCAAAGCUGCUUUCACUUGCAACCAGUGUGGGAAAUCUUACCGGUUCCUCACGCAGUAUAAACAACACCUCAAAAUGCAUCCGGAAGAAAAAUCUACGUAUAGCAACAAGAGCAUCAGGCCUAAGGUAGCUUCUCCCCCGAAGAGCCCAGAGGAGAGCAAGGAGGUGUAUCCCUGCCGGCUCUGCAAUGUAAAGUUUGCUUCGUUUCUCGAACAGGGGAACCACGAACGCAUGUGCAGAAAUGCUACGCUGUGCCCUUACUGCAGCCUGCGGUUUUCAACCCCGGAGCAGAAAAACGAGCAUGAACCAAAGUGCGAAUAUAAGAAGCUGACAUGCCUCGAGUGCAUGCGAACAUUUAAAUCUUCUUUCAGCAUCUGGCGUCAUCAAGUCGAAGUCCACAACCAAAACACAAUGACGCCGACGGAAAACUUUUCACUGCCCGUGCUCGAUCACAACGGAGAGGUCGGCAUCCCGCCAAGGUUGCCGUCUUUGUCCGAGUCCGGCAAGGGCGACAGCUUUCUCGCAUCGAAAGACGACGGCGUUUAUAGCGACUCUUCGGAACACAUGAACUUCGAUUCUGAGGAUUCAAACUGCCUCCCGGAGGACCUUAGCGUUUCCAAGCAGUUCAAUGUUAAAAUUAAGGAAGAGCCCGCAGAUGAGAUGGACGAUAGCUCGGAAGCUGUCUACGGUCAACAGGAAGACGUGGCUGGCUCCGAGCGCGGCAGGUGGUCGUGCGAAAAAUGCGGGAAAACGUUUACAGUUCAUAAGCAGCUGGAGCGCCACCAGGAACUCUUGUGCUCGGUCAAGCCUUUCAUCUGUCACGUAUGCAACAAAGCCUUCCGGACGAACUUUCGACUUUGGAGCCACUUUCAGUCGCACAUGGCACAAGGUGAAGAUUCGUCUUCUUUUAAAGAGCCAGAAGCUUGCGCUCCUGUCAGCUCUCCAUCUCCGCCUCCACCUCCCCCGCCACCUCCGCCACCUAAAAUACCGCCUAUAGAGCCGGAGAGGCGGCCGUCUUUUCCAGAAAAAUCGGGCGCGAACGAAAAAGGCUUUGCCCCUCAAGAAUCAGAUACUCUUUUUUACCACGCCCCCCCUCUUUCAGCCAUUACCUUCAAACGCCAGUUCAUGUGUAAACUGUGUCACAGGACCUUUAAGACCGCGUUCAGUUUGUGGAGUCACGAACAAACGCACAACUGAACCCCCCCGGUGCUACAAUAUAUGUGUUAUUUU